AAACCCGAGCCCGCGGCGCAAGCCGAGCCGGCCCGACGGGAGGCGCCAGGCCAGGGAGCCGCGCGGCCCUUGCAGCCGCCGCGGCUCGGACCAUGGAGGCAGGAGCUGGAGGGGCAGGGUCCAACACGAAAGGCGGCGGCAGCCCCGUCACCCCCGAGGACCCCCGGAGCCCCGCGAAGCCCUCCACCCCCGAGGAUCCCCAGAUGCCCGUGCAGCCCGCGCUCCCGCAGCUCCCGCGCCGCCCGCGGACCCUGGACGAGGACGGGGCGCCCAGCCAGGACGGGGCCUCGGGGGGCAGUGAGCCCGCCCUAGAGGACGCCCCGGCCCAGGCGGCGGGCGAGGCCGGGCCGGUUUCCAAGGCGGUGGCCGGCGGCGCCCCACACAUCGGCUUCGUUGGGGAGCCCCCGCCCUACGCGCCGCCGGACCCCAAGGCCGCGCCGCUGCUGUACCCGCCUUUCCCGCAGGUGCCUGUGGUUCUGCAGCCCGCGCCGUCUGCACUCUUUCCGCCGCCCGCCCAGCUCUACCCGGCCGCGCCCACGCCGCCCGCGCUCUUCUCGCCGCCCGCCGGGGCCGCCUUCCCCUUCCCCGUGUACAAUGGCCCGAUGGCUGGCAUGCCAGGCCCUGCCACGGUCGAGCACAGGCCCCUGCCAAAGGACUACAUGAUGGAGUCAGUGCUGGUGACCCUCUUCUGCUGUCUGCUCACCGGCCUCAUCGCCAUCGUCUACUCCCACGAGACCCGCGCAGCCGUGGGCAGGGGUGAUCUGGCCCAGGCCGAGGAGGCCUCGCGGAAGGCCCGCUCGCUGGUGCUCUUCAGCCUGCUCUUCGGGGUCUUCGUGUGUACCAGCUGGGUCAUCUACGUGGUGGUGGCACUCUACCUUCCCUGAGGCUGUGGCUCCUGCGGGGAUGCCGGAUGCCGGGAUAUCCAGGGAUAACUGGCCGGGCCAGACCCUUUCUUUGGACUCAGAUCCCUGCCGGUGGCCAGCUCUUGCCUGCAGAGGGAAUCUGGGGGCCAGAAGAGGGCAGGCUUGGCAACACUCAACUGCCUUGUGGCUGGGCCUCAGCUUCCUCAGCCUCCACAGGUGGCCCACUGGAGCCUCAGUGAGUGUCCUAAUCCAAGGUGUCUCCAGAGCCCGGCUGGGCCCCAGCUGUGGGACAGGAGCCCACCAGACGCCCGUUUCCUAGGUGCCUCCUCUCAAGGCCAUCCUGAGACUCCUCUUGCCUUCAUCUGUGCUCUUGGGAGGCCAUUGUAGGGACCAAAGCCUUCACUGUCUUCAGAGCCAUCUGGAAGGACACUGCAACCUCCGCCCCCCGCCCAACCUCCAGCCCAGCUGAGGUGAUCAGGAUGCCAGUAUUACCUUUCCCUGCGGGAGACUGGAGCCUGGUGACUUCCGGCUGGUUGUUCCCCUAUCCCUUCCCCAUCCCAGGAGACAGGGUCCCUCAUGCUGACCCUACAUCCAGAAACCAGGGCCACUGUGUCUGGUCAAUCAACAGAAGCAACACCCCAUGCAGAGCUUCACACUGCUACUUUGGGGACACUUCCUGGCUCUCUUCCAGGGCCAAUGGCAACAUCUGUCCACAGCUGGGCUCCAGCGCACCCUACCCACUCCUCUCUGAGAUACUGUUGGCAUAGAGGCAGUGCUGGCAAGAACUACCCAAUGAUAGAGGAUCAGCUGGGUCCUCAUUUGACGAGGACCACCCUGACUGGGGAGCACUUGCACCAAGAUCCCUCGGCCAGCCUGUAGAACUGUACCUAUGACUCUGGCAUCAGAUUCCUGGCACCCCAGUCCCAUUAGUUGUGGUCUCAAGAAUAAACCUGCAUUUUAACAAGAUUCAAAACCAUUGCAGAGGCCAGGCGAGAUGGUUCACACCUGUAAUCCCAGCAAUUUGGGAGGCCGAGGUGGGUGGAUCAUCUGAGGUCAGGAGUUCAAGACCAACCUGGCCAACAUGGCGAAGCCCUGUCUACUAAAAACACAAAAAUUAGCUGAGCGUGGUGGCAGGCGCCUGUAAUCCUAGCUACUCAGGAGGCCGAGGCAGGAGAAUUGCUUGAAUCCAGGAGGCAGAGGUUGCAGUGAGCUGAGAUUGUGCCACUGCACUCCAGCCUGGGUGACAGAGUGAGACUCUGCCUCAAAAACAAAAAACCAUUGCAGACAGAGGAGGAAGGCGACCCCAAGCUGAGCCACACGAGAUUCAUAGCUCAAGCUAAAUCAGUUGGUUUCAGAGCAGCCUCGGUGUGCUGCUUACAACCCUGGCACCAGGGACUGAAACAGGAGAAUGGCCCAGCCCAGCCCAGUCCUUCCUCCAGAAAGCUGGAGAGGCACGCAUGAGGAAGUUAAGUCAUGAGCAGCCUGGAGACUCUGUGGAUUUUCGUUCAGUAAGCAGGGCCCGAGGUUCUGCAUCUUCCCAGUGAUGCUGAAGCUGGUACUCAAACCAAUAGCAAAGUGGGAAAUUAUCAAAACUACUAAAAGGCAUUAAAACCAGGAUCAUGACAUGGA